CAGCACAACAACAGCUUCUAGUCUGAACACUUGUCCUAAGUGUCCAUAACUGUGAAUCAACACUGACAAGAGUGCAAAGUUGUUUCCCACCAUGGCAGCAGUCUUUCCCAGACUUAGCAGACAGGGUCUGAAAGCAACAGUCAGGUGGCUGCGGUCACACCGAGCUUCGCCUCCAGCUGUCUGUGGAGUCGGGUGCUCACUGACGUCGAGCGCCUUGCCGGGCCUCGUGGCGCACAAACAGAUUCGGCGUGUCCACGGUAAAAGAGAUGAGGCCGAUCCGGCCGGUGGCGCGGCGUCACGCAGGCUUCCCUUCUCCACCGUCUCCCAGCAGGACCUGGACUUCUUCAACCGGCUGUUACCGGGCAGGACCAUCACAGACCCGGAUUUGCUGGAGUCCAGCAAUGUGGACUGGCUGAAGUCAGUGCGAGGGUCCAGUGAGGUGUUGCUGAGACCAGAGAGCACGGAGGAGGUCUCCCAGAUUCUCAGGUACUGCAAUGAGCGGCGGCUGGCAGUGAACCCCCAGGGCGGGAACACGGGGCUGGUGGGUGGCAGCGUGCCCGUUUUCGACGAGAUCAUCCUCUCCACAGCCCUCAUGAACCGGGUCCUGAGCUUCGACCACGUGUCUGGAAUCCUCACAUGUCAGGCGGGCUGCGUGCUGGAGAACCUCUCCAGCUACCUGGAGGAGCGCGACUACAUCAUGCCCCUGGACCUGGGGGCCAAGGGCAGCUGCCACAUCGGGGGCAACGUGGCCACCAACGCGGGCGGCCUGAGGCUGCUGCGGUACGGGUCCCUGCGCGGCACCGUGCUUGGGCUGGAGGUGGUGCUGGCUGAUGGGAAGAUUUUAAACUGCCUGGCGACUCUCAGGAAGGAUAAUACAGGCUACGACCUGAAGCAGCUGUUCAUUGGCUCUGAGGGGACGCUGGGGGUCAUCACGGCAGUGUCUAUUCUGUGCCCCCGCAAACCGAGGGCAGUCAACGUGGCUUUUCUGGGGUGCUCUACUUUCCAGCAGCUGCUGGAGACGUUUCAGCGCUGCAGGGGCAUGCUGGGAGAAAUCCUCUCGGCUUUCGAGUUCUUAGACAGUGCCUGUAUGAGGCUUCUGGAGAAGCACCUCAAACUGGUCAAUCCCAUAACAGAGAGUCCAUUCUACAUCGUCAUAGAGACAGCAGGUUCCAAUGCUGCCCAUGACGAGGAGAAGCUCCACAGCUUCCUGGAGGAGGUCAUGGAGUCAUCACUAGUGACUGAUGGGACAGUUGCAACUGAAGAAGCAAAGAUUAAGGCGCUGUGGGCAUUGAGAGAGCGCGUCACGGAGGCCCUGACACACGACGGCUACACCUACAAGUAUGACAUCUCCCUGCCUGUGGAGAAGAUCUACCAGCUGGUGACCGAUAUGCGCGAGCACCUUGGAGACAGGGCCAAAAACGUGGUGGGCUACGGACACGUAGGUGACGGGAACCUGCACCUGAACAUCACCUCCCCUGCCAAAGACCCCGCCCUGCUGGCGGCCAUCGAGCCGUACGUGUACGAGUGGACGGCGGCGUGCCGGGGCAGCAUCAGCGCCGAGCACGGGCUGGGCCUGAAGAAGAAGAACUACAUCCACUUCAGCAAAGCCCCGGAGGCCGUGGCCCUCAUGGGCGACAUCAAGAGCAUGCUGGACCCCCGCGGCAUCCUCAACCCCUACAAGACGCUCCCGGACAGCCUUCACUGAGGAGGGGGCAGGCCCAGCUGUGUCCUGCAACCAAUAUUCACAGACUGGUUUUCGCGGCAUGCACUGCAUCGGCCACGGCGGGGGACUUUUGGGAUGGAAGGUCGUAGUUUUGAAUCCCAGAAGGGAGGCAUUUGCACAUAAAAACACCUUGCAAGACAGGUGAACUUCCUGAAGGACCCUGUGUAGCCAGUGAUGAAGUGAGGCUUUACAAACCCCUGUGGUGGGUGGUGCUACCAUGUGCUGUGAAGCAGUGACUUGUAUCAGCCGCUGAAAGACUUAGCUGUCCAUAGCAAAGCACUCCAAUUAGUUCAGAUUAGUAAGGCAUUGAUUGCACAAGCUUUUGGGGGGUUUAUAAAGGCAAAUCCCUGAAUCAGUUGUUCUUGGGGAUAUUCGUUUGCCAUUUACUCCAAUUACAAUUAAGAUGAUUAAAUUCAAUACAGUAACCGUAUAUUCAAUAACGUACGGUUACAGCAUAAUUCAACAAUGUAACUAUAAGCACUGUAAAAUAGACAGGGCUUUGCUGAGCAAAAGAAGUAACAAUACAGUGUUCACACUAGCUCUGGACACCUGAGGCAUCGGAACAGAUGGCAGUGUCCAGCUGAGUGUCCGUACGCUGUUCCUGUCACACUGUUCCACUCAUUCGCUGCCACAGGAACACUGUGAGAACAUGAAGUGCCCGCUCUGUGGGACGUCUCCAACGCUGCUGUCGACAAUCUACAGAACGCAGACCGAAACCCUCGAAACCCUCCUAGUAUCUUUACAUGUGACCUUUGCAAAGAAAUGAUACCGUUUUCUGUCGGUAAAGAUGCUGUGAACAUGUCUUUAUUGCAUGUAAAAAAACAGUAAGCAACAGAGUACUUAAACAGAUGUGCCUCUUUAAAAUGGACAACUAUAUUCUUACAGUGCUGUUUCGGCCGCUGUAGAAGUAUUAUUUUCGCAAUUACUUGUGUUAUGUUUUCAGAGGAACACACAGAAAUUCAUGUUGGACAUACUGGACUUUGCAUUGGUGGGCUUUUCAGUGCACCUGGGCUAGUUUAAUAAAACUGCAAAGAACACUGUUUUUCGCUCUCCUUAAAACGUAUGCUCUUUUCAAACCAACCGUAGUUGACAUUUAAUGUGCCAUUAGCUAUCAUGGUUGGUAAGUGUUGCAUUCUCUACUGUAUAUGCUACAGUCAAGUAUGUCAGCAUCCUCAAGACACAGCAAAAGUCAUUUUUUGUAGGCAAUUACUGUUCAAGAUCUGAAAGGUAUACAGCUCCUUUCCUAGGAAUAAAAAGGUCAUUUCUCCAAACAAUGCCCCUUGUGGUGCAAACUAGGAUUACAGAGAAUCAGAUCCCCAGAAUCCUACACAUGGGCUGUCAACAUUUGAUUGGCUGUCUGUUACUCACCAGGACAGAGGAGCUUGAGAGUCACAGGUACCACUUGUGGAUCAGGGAUUCCACAGAGGGGGACACGGGACAGUUAACUGUGAACCCAAACCUGAACGACCCCACAAACCACCGGAACUGCCUAUGACAUCACUCCACAUCAUCCUCUUUCCGGGAGGGUUUAGGCCUUUGCAGGGAGGGACAUAUUGUAAACUGUCCCAUACAUCCCUUUACAAUCCCUGCUGUGGAGUAGGAAGUGCCAGAUUUUGUAUUCCCACAGGGUGAGCGCCUCAGUUCCCUUACUGAUUGGAUUAUUUAAGUGGUUGGUAGCAGGCUUGCAGCAGCAGAGCAGACUGUUACAUUACCACUGUGUGCAAGUAUGCAGUCCUAAGGGAAGUGAGUAGUUUCAGAAAAUGUCAGAAAAUGAAACCAAAUGUAACUGCUCUUGGAAGUAGAGCAAAUGUCCGAUCGGCAAGGGUGGUGGGCACCUCACCUGUAGGAAUCAAUGUCCACGGAGGACAUGUAGUUACUGUGCAAGCAUAAAUAAUUUAAAAAAAACAUUAAGCAAAACAGCUUUUUGUUCACAUAAGUGGUAGGCUUUCUGCAGUAUAUAGGGAGUACUCAGUUACACACAAUUUAUUAAAUAUUAGCUAUUUAGCAUUAUGAAUGACCUCUAUUGUAACUCUGGAGUCCUUGACAUGACAAUUCUAUUAUAAAAAAAUGUCUUUAGUGUUUGUAUCCUUCAGUGUUUUUUCAGAGUAACUAAAAUUCUAAUGCAUUCACAGUUUAGAGUUCACUAUGCCAAGCUUAGAACCGCCUUUUCCUACAGCCUUUUAGCAUCUUGCGUAUCUGUGAUGAUGUUCGGUCUGAAAAUUUCUUUGUAAGAAAAAUGUGAUUCAUUUUGUUGGUAUGAUUCCUGAUCCUUCCCCGAGGAUGUACAAAAGAAUCCCAUGGCCUUGAUGAUGCAAAGCUAUUGUCACCAUAGCAGGGUUCAACAUAGUUCUAAUGGUAGCCAGUUUUCUGAGGGCAAGUAAAACCAAUCACUGAUUUGCUCCAUUGGGCACGUAACUGUUCAGAGCAAAUGGAGCUUUUCAGUUUGCACAACUGUUCACCAUUCAGCAAGCACAUCAGCAAAUGUGUGUUUUUGUGUUUAAAAAAAAGGAAUGAGGCAGAUCAUGAGUCCUCUGACCAGUAUCACCUCAGAUUUUGAGCAAUAACUAGCCACCUGUGAUAAUGACAGCAGACUAAACCAACUAAAAACUGUAAUGCUGAAACCUGCAUGGUUUUAGUUCUUGCUUGUCUUGGCUCUGUAAGUUUGUAUCUCAGUUUCUGAUGGCAUAACUCACACGAUUUUAAAAAAGCAAAAAACAAAGAAAACAGCCAUUACAUAUGUACUGAAAUGGCCAACUCACACCAGAUAAAUUCUGUGAAUCCACAGAGAGCAUGACUGCAUUUAAAGAAACCGACAGGUUCACAUUUUAAAUAUGAAGCACACGAUUUGUCAUUUUCAGGAAGAAACGCUGCGAGUGUCAGUCGACACACUUAGGCUGCGAGAGAGCUGCACCGCCUCCCUCGCCCUGCCCCUAAAAGCAGGUGAGCGGAAACCGCGUCUGAGAAUGGCCGCGGGGAGCUGGGAGCGGAACCGCAAAAGGCUCCGCGCGUCACUACAGAUGGAAGCGAGGAGACCGCCGGGAGACUGGGCCACGCCCAGGUCCCCGCUUCUGCAUGGCACAAAAUGUCCGCCCCGAAAACUGAGAGGCUCAGCGGCCGUCUCUGACGGCGCCACCCGGCGGUCGGCUGUAGCAAUAAGCGGCCACUCCUACUAAGAAGCAUAGACUGGGGUGAGCAGGGUUUGCCCCUGUUCGGGAGGGGGGGGAGACGCUCGGGACGAGAUGGCCUCAUGCUUCUAGUUGCAUACACAGCUUUAAGAAACACAGUGAUGGACAGUGGGGAUAUACGCUCGUACAGAGUGAGAAGACGUGAUCGAGACCUAUGGCACUUUUUUUUUUUUGUUUGUUUCGUUUCGUUUGUGCAGGUAGGCAGGACUGUAACGUUUCACAGCACAAAUGUCAGCUGGCUGUAGCUCUGCUCCAAAACGAUGCUCUUUCGGCAGUGUGGAAAUCGGAUGACGAAGCGUCUCGGUAAACUCUAACGAUGGGAAAAGGAGGCGAUGCUGAAAGGCACCCUGCUUUUGAAGCCCAGUAGUAAUGGCUCUCACCUCACCUGCCCCGCCCCAUCAGUCAGGAAGCCCUGCGCGAGCCUGAAUCAUUACAGAGGCUGGGGAUAUUGCACCGUGAGAAAUGACUAUGUCCAGGCCCCCACAAUCUGGGACAGGGAAGCAGUUAAUGUAGCAGGCAGAGUCGCCCCCUUUUUUCUGUGGUCUAUGGGGGGGGGGGGAAGCUGAGCUGCAGAGUACUUCAACACAAACAUCUACAGCUGUCCUCCCUCGCGCUAUGGAGGGAAAACUCGCUCUGUUGAUUAAAUGCACAUGCACCACGUUGUAAAGGAACAAACCCGAGGUUAUGUGACCGGCAAAAAAAAAAAACUGCAAAAAAGAAACAUGAAAAACAAACAAAAAAGCCCCGACUAUGACGAGAAGGAAGGAAAUUGCCCUUUUUUGUUGUUUUUCUUCUUCAAAAGCGCUUAGUGUUUUGUAUGCGUGCCAGUUUGUGGGAGCAGUAGGAACCCACCC